AUGGCCGACCCCUCACCUCCCACCACAAGCACCGACACCAGCGCCCGGGCAGCGGCCCAUCAACCACUCCCUUCAGCCACAACCCCCAAAUCCUACACCUACUACCACGCCGGCCCCCUCUUCACCCUAGGCGACCUCAGCACCAACAUCGCCCUCUCCACCCUGAUCUCCACCUGCUCCUCAGCCUCCCAAAAGUUCACCCCCAUCCUCCCCCAAGACCUCGAGGCCCGCGACGCCACCCCGCACUCGAUCCGCGACCAGGACCUGCGCGCUCUACUCAGCUGCGACGCCGCGCUGUUCGUGUACGACGGCGCGGAACUCGAUGCCGGCACCGUCGUGGAGUACGUGUACGCGAAGGCGGCGGACGUGCCGUGCGUGAUUCUCAGGACGGAUUUUAGGGGUGGGGGGGAUCAGGGGGAUGAUGUUGGCGGCGGCGGCGAUGGGGUAGAAGCAGAUGGGAAAGGGAAGGGGAAGGGGGAGACGGAUAAGUGGAAUUUGAUGAGUAGUAAUUGGCCGAGGACGAAGGCGGUGCGGGUGGAUAGUAUGGCGGGGUAUAAACAUGGGUUGGCGCGGGAGGGUGGGAGUGUGAAGGGGAAUGUGAGGGUGGUGGAAGGGAUGUUGCGCGAGACGGCCGAGAUGGUGGUGAGGGCGAUGGAGGAGGUGGUGGCGUUGCCGCCGAGGCUGCCGCGGGAGUUGAGGGCGCAUGUGUAUGAGUGGUUGGCGCUGAUGCCGGGGCUGAGGGAUGGGGGAGAUGGGGAGAAUGUGAGGUGGGCGAGGGGGGUGUUGGAGGGGAAGGUUGAGAAGGGGCUGUUAUGA